AUGGUUUCUGUCUCUGGAAUCUUAGUGGCUGCCGUGGACAUCCGUGGACAUCUCGGGACCAGAAAAUUGACCCAGGAGGAGCUGACUCGGGUCGAGGCCGAUGCGCGGGAUGAGGAGAGGCUCAAGGUGGGAAAGGCGGAGGAUGAUGCUCGGCGCAGUCGGUGCGCUGACUGCGCAGUCAGCGCAGUCGAUAUGCUGCCAGCUGCCAGCGUUGUUGCUCAGAUGGGCGGACGAUGGUCCAAGGCGAUGGCCCGCGAGGUGGAGGAGGCGGUGUCCAACGCCCGCGAUCGCUUCGAGCGCGAAAUGGAGCAGAAGCUGAAGGACAUGGAGCGAAGGUUGCAGUCCGAAAUGGAACAGAAGAUAGAAGAUGAAAGACAAACUCAAGAAGAGGCGGCGAAGGUUCGCAAGAUGGAGCUAGAGAGGGAUGCUCGACAGGAGCGCGAACGGCUGAUCGAGGAGGCCGAGAGAGCCUUGCGACAAAGGCGGAAGCAGGUCAUGUUGGCUCAGAAGAAGAUAGACCGUGCCCACCAGAAGGCCAUCGCGAAAGCCAAGCAGAUGGUCUCCAGCUCGGAGGAGCCUCCGAAGGCUAAGAAGGUGAAAGACAGGGAGGUCAAGAAAGAUCGAAGACCUGCUUGCAGUGUAGCCUCGAUUACCGACGGAGCCGGCGGAAGGAGCAAAAGGAGACGAGGACGCAAAAGCUGA